AUGGAAUUGGUCAUAAAGAUUACUAACUUCAUUAUAUUAAGAGUAAUAUAUUAUUUAUCAUAUUUAAAUCGGAAAUCUCUUGGGAGAGGACUUGCUUCAGUCUCUUUCAGAAGUGAACUGAUACUUUUCCAGUUCAUGAAAAGUUUAGAAAGACAGUCGACAGUAUGCUUACGGAGAUCGGGAAUCCUGCGUGUGAUACAAAUAAAUAAAUGGCAUAUGGCCACAAUUGCAGGAUUUCUCGCCUCCAAGUAUGCAAUUCUCGACAUGGAGAAUUUGGGUGUUGAAUUUAUCAAAGAUGCUCAAAGAAAAUAUUUGCUUAAGAACAUCAAUUGUAAAAUGCUACAUUCGGUUCUAUUCAAAUGCAUGGACGAACAAAAUGUUGAUCUAGCCACAUCCUCAGAGUGGUUAUUUAAAGGAAAUAAUGGUCCACGGAGUGAAGCAUUGUACUGCCUCUUACAGGAUAGGAAUUUGUUCUUCACAUCCAUGGGAUCUUUAUGCAGUCACUGCAAAAAAUGCAAGAAAACAGUUGAUCAUUUGGCUACGCAGUGUGGGAAGAUGUUAAACAGUGAUUAUCUGCGGAGACACAAUGAAGUUGUGAAGUGCAUUCACCUUCAUUUGUGUCGGACCUACGGUAUUAAGAGAGGAAGCAAAUUAAAGACUCAUUCUGUUCAGUCCAUAUUAUCGACGCAGAAUGUUGAAAUCAGAGUCGAUAUGUCAAUCAUGACGGAAACUAAAGUUUAA